AUGACUGCUUUGAGAGCCAUCACGAUGCAGAAGAAAGGAAUUGAGAGGGUUAAGAGCCUGCUCUACAGUACAUGCCCCGUUGAUGGAAAUAUGUUUCAUUGGGAGGCUGUGCUUUUCGGACCAGCAGGAUCGCCUUACGAGAACGGAGUCUUCAAAAUCGGCAUGCACUUUCCUCCAGAAUACCCAUUCAAGCCACCCAAGAUUCUCAUUAAACUUCAUGAGAUGCUGACAAACCCAGAAAUAGGUGAGGGGGACUACUAUGAUGAAGACAAAGCAAAGCUGUACAAGGAAGACAAGGCGGGGUUCGAUGAAACUGCUCGGGAAUGUACUUUGGAGCACGCUGGGGCUUGA